AAUGUGGUAUGUGAAGGAAGACGCCUGAAGUAGGAAGUCCCCUCUGAAUCUUGCGUGCCAUGAUACAACUGCUGUAACUGUGCAGAAGACCAGCACAUUCACAGAGAGAAGGAACUUUACUAACUGCUGUCCAGAGGAAAAUGAAUAACACAUCUUGUCCUCAAGUCAGCAUUGACUUCUCAGGCAGAUUCCUGCCUCCUGUUUACAUCUUAGUAUUCAUCAUCGGUCUGGCAGCUAAUGGAUGGGGACUGAAGUCUCUGCACCACAACUGGAAGAAACUGGGUAAUGUCAACGUGUUUGUUCUCAACCUCGGGCUUGCUGAUAUUUUGUACCUGCUCACGCUGCCAUUUCUGGUGGUUUACUACUUCAUGGAGAGCAAAUGGAUCUUUGGAGAAGCAUUUUGCAAGAUGACAAGAUUCUGCUUCAACCUGAACUUAUAUGGCAGCAUUGGGUUCCUGACUUGUAUAAGUGUGUACAGGUACCUGGCCAUUGUCCACCCAAUGAGAGCGAUGGGAAGAAUAACUGUGACCCACUCUGUGACUAUUUCAGCCAUGGUUUGGCUGCUGGUGAGUGUUCAAAGUCUUCCAGAUAUGUUCUUCACCAAGACAAAUGGAAACGGCACUAAAAAAUGCCACGAUACCACCAAUAAUGACCAUGUCGAGGAUUACCUGAGGUACAACUUUGGAUGGACACUCACUGGAUUUUGUAUCCCACUCCUCAUCAUACUGGGCUGCUACGGACACAUGAUUGUCGUUCUCUGCCGCACAAAUACCAUCGACAAGGUACUGAAACAGAGAAGUUUGAAGUUGUUGUUCAUCUUGAUUCUUCUCUUCUCAGUUUGCUACACCCCCUAUCAUGUGCUCAAGAACCUCAACCUGUGGUCAAGAGUUCUGUCCAAACAGAAGAUGUGUCGUGAAUGGUCUAACGGAGUCUACAUUGCUCAUCGGAUAAGUCGCAGUCUCGUGUCUCUGAACAGUGCUCUCAACCCUCUGGUUUACCUUCAUGGAAAUGAAGAUAUUCCUGCUCAGCUCAGACGACUACUCCAGCGAGCUCGUCAAGCUUUUGUACAGCUGUCAACCACCAGUACUCAAAAUCUCUCCAUGUGAAUUGUCUGAGAAUGAGAAUGAAACCGAACAAUUGUGUCGCAUAAUGGUGGUUGUCAUGUUGUCAUUAACAUGCUUAAAAAAAGUUGAGAUUCUGAAAAUGUCGGACCAUUGUGGCACUGUGUUGGGGAGGCUCAUUAGAAAUGGUUGUGUUAAUGUAUUAUAUGAAUGUGUGAAAAACAGGAAGUAACACAAUACAUCUGCAACAUGUGCACAUCAAAGAGAUACAAUUUGGUUAAUUUGGUUUGGUUUUAGUUAGUCAUUUGAUGCAAAGGCUGGGGUGAAACCUCACAACUGACGUUGAUUAGACUUUGCCAAGAGAAAAGCUCAUCACCCCGUCAAAGUAUGUUUUUAUAAAUAACUACAGCAUAUGGUUUUCUGCUUCACACCUGAUUCAAAUGAUCAACUUGUCAUUAAGGUCUGCAGAAGCCUGUUAAUGACCAGUUCAUUUGAAUCAGGUGUGUUGGAGCAGAGACAGAAACUUCUAAAACAUGCAGGACAGGAGGUUCCCAGGACCAGGACUGAAAAACGUUGUAAUUCCUAUUCUGGCAGUAUGCUUCAAGGUUCAAAAAUAAUUUUGGUCUGGUGGACCUUCCUGAUUUUCUCAUUUGUCUUCCUCCUCUUAAAAUACUUGGCUCUGACUCACUGCUAUGCAGUAGCUAAAGUUUUUUCCUGGUUUCCUUUUAAUGCUUUUAAUACCUCCUUUUUACACCUACCAUUGAUAAGCAUGGCAGUGCUUACACUUUUUGCCUCAGCAUAAACACAAAAGUUAACUACACACAUCCCCGUUGUACUUCACAGGAGUGACUUAAAAUACCAAUGUGCAUGUGUGUGUUUUUUUAACCUGUGACUGUGAUUUCAUGUUCAGUAUUUUUCUGUACAGAGUCUUAAUCAGAUUUGUUUCCAGGAACUGUAAAGUCAUGCAUGAAGGUGCAAAAAUUUAGAAACGCUCGAAAAUCUUGUUAUAGUGUUGUGUGGACUCAGAGCAGAGACUCAAAGCCACACUACAAUAAAUUCUAAGUUUUAGCUGUGUCAAAUUGUUCAGGAAAAUCUUCCCUCGAAGUCCAGUAGAAUCAUCAACAGGAGACAGGAUUCUGAGCAGCAAAGACUUUAAUGCCGGCAAAAAAGGGAAAACCGUUCACAAAGCACACUAGGUACACAUGAAGGGUCUCUCACAAAAUGACUGGUGGCUUCACAUUAUAUACCUUAGGGUCUGGACCUUUCCACGCCUAUUGUCCAUCCCUUUACCAUCUUUUCUUACACCAUUAGGUUUCUCUUUUCGUCCUGGAUUGGUUGGUGACUUUUUACACCAUUAGGUCAGCUUGCCCUAGGUUUUCUGGGGACUUUACACUGGCCUUAUCUUGCACCUGUUAGUCUUUAUUUAUUUAUUUUUUAUUUGCUUCUUAAGCACAGUUUACACCAUUAAUUCUCUUCUCUGGGCUGCCUUCCAGUUUCGGCCUAAGUUUCGGCUGGCACUAGACACCAUUCUUUUUUUUAUUUUUUAUUUUUUUAAAAAUAAUUGUUUUAUGCAGGAUUAUAAUAAAUGUUCUCUUUCAGGCUCACAGUCAUUAUAAUGAGAUUACAUUGACAGUGUAUGGCUACCAUAGACAGUGUUUAACUACCGUAAAACAGUUUCACAAUUACACAGUUUUACCUUCCAUAGCUUACAGGCCCUUAACCAGUUGUACCUUUUUAAUACAGCUGUAUCUUGCUUUUCUUUCAAUCUAAAUGAAAACAUAACAUGACUACUUCAUGCUAUCAUAUUGCAUUGCAUACUAUAACUACAUAACUAUAAUUACUAUAACUUUAGCUCAAGCUUUAGCUCAACUUACAUAGAAAUUAUACCACAAUAGCUGCGAAGAUGUCCAUGUCUUUAGAAUGUGAUGUCAUUAAAGUCCCUUUUGGUGUCGAAGGUCCGAAUACUUUUGCCCAUAAUGUAAUGAGGAGUAUUCUUUUCUAAGCCGUCUCACUUUACUGCAAAAACCAAAGUAAGGUGGCAGCUGGCAGGGGGGAGAUCAUCAGAAAACUUAAUCUAGUGAGAAAAGACACCACUGCAAUAAUUACAUAUUGCUGUUGGCUAUAUUGUGUGUUAUUUCCAGUUAAGAAACAUGUGAAUAUCACAAUAUAAAAUGUAUGUUUUCAGUUGACACAAGUACAAACGUAGGAAGAUAUGCUAUUGUGUUAUCUGACUGAAUAACGGUACCGACUAAUCUGUUAUUCAGUCAGUAUGUUAUGUCAUCUGACUGAAUAACAGAUUAGUCAGCACUGUCUGUUAUGUCAGGAAGGAAGUAUCACCAGUAAAAUAUACAGUGUGAACAUACAGAAAGAAUUAUUAUUCUUUCUGUAUGUUCACACUGUAUAUUUUACUGGUGAUGGUAAAUGGUAUACCGCGGUGAACUAACUUAUAAUGCUGCAUUACCAUAGCAAGACAUUAGACUCAGACUCACCAGCUUGGUUAGAAGUCCCCUAGCCCUAGGGGCAACCGUGGCCUAGAGGUUGGAGAAGCAGCCUGUGAUCGGAGGGUCACCGGUUCAAUUCCCCCACCAGAUGGGCAGGAAAAAUUUAAAUGUGGUGGAGUAAU